CCCGACUCUCCUCCCCUUUGCGUUUCUCGUUGCUGUUCAAAUCGCUCCUCUUUCUCUCCGUUACUCGGCGGCGAUCGCCGUUAUAACGGCGAGAUUAGACGGAGUCCGGUCAUCUUCUCCGUUCUCCUUCUCCUUUAUUCGUUUCCAAUUUCUUUCACGUUCCGUGACCUUUGCCGUGUCGCUCCUCUUCCUCGUCGGGUCAAUUUAAUUGAAACUGUGGUCCUUUUUUUUAUUCCGUCCAAUCUUUUUCUCUCUCUCUCUCUCUCUGAUUUAUAACGCCACUUGGGGGGUUGCAUCUCCUCUUUCGGGGUGCUGACGUGGCGAGAAUCGGAGGGGUUUCGAUGUCGAGCCACGCCCGUCUCGCGGAGACACUUGGCGCGUCAAGGAAGCGGAAGGACCGGGAAAGCCCGCCCGACCUAUCCCGUGCCCAUCACGCGAGCAAGGCCGAGCCGGCUAAGGAACCGGCCUCGGCACGCUCGCCGACGGCUAAGGAGGGCAACCUGCUCCUGGCCGGCUACUUGGCGCACGAGUUCCUCACCAAGGGAACCCUCUUAGGGAAGAAGUUGGGACCGGGCCGGGCCGACCCGGGGAAAAGGCCUCUUGAGCCAGGCUCGGCUGAGCCGGCGGGGACCUACGCAGAGGUCUCGUAUUUGCUGAUGCGGGGCGGGGCCCAUAUACCAGGCGUGGUCAACCCCACUCAACUGGCUCGGUGGCUCCAGAUGUGACGACGGCAGCAGUGUCGCGGCGAUGACGGGAGGACACGUGGAGAUCAUCGAUCGAAGGUUCGAUGAAACCCAUGCACUGCUACUACUACAUCUCGUUUCGCUGCAGUGGCGCGAGCUGGUGGGUGACACCAACGAUGAGUGACUUACGAGAAAAAACUUGUCGAAGCUUUCGUAUCAUCUUUAUCGCCAUUUGUUAUGUUUCUUUAAUCUCUGCUUUCUUGUAGCUUUGGACGUAGCUGAAUGCUGCUGCAUUUCCCGUUUAAAUGCAAGGACUGGUUUUUCUUUCUUA